GAGAGAGAUCCCCCCAGCCCCAAACACCAGUGCCAGGUGGUUCCCUUCCUUUGCCUGGAGAACCUCUGAGGCAGACCCUGGUAGCACCAUGGCUUCUGACCUGGAGAGCAGCCUCACCUCCAUAGACUGGCUUCCCCAGCUGACGCUUCGGGCCACCAUCGAGAAGCUGGGGGGAGCCUCCCAAGGGGGACCCCCAGGGGGGAGCCGAAAGUGCCCGCCUGGCUCCCCCACAGAUCCCAAUGCUACCCUGAGCAAGGACGAGGCGGCCGUCCACCAGGAUGGCAAGCCUCGCUACAGCUAUGCCACGCUCAUCACCUAUGCCAUCAACUCCUCCCCGGCCAAGAAGAUGACCCUCAGUGAGAUUUACCGAUGGAUCUGCGACAACUUCCCCUACUACAAGAACGCUGGCAUUGGCUGGAAGAACUCAAUUCGUCACAACCUUUCUCUCAAUAAAUGUUUUCGGAAGGUGCCGAGACCUCGGGAUGACCCUGGGAAGGGCUCCUAUUGGACAAUCGACACCUGUCCUGACAUCUCUCGAAAGAGGAGGCACCCACCGGAUGAUGAACUGUCCCAGGACUCCCCAGAACAGGAAGCAAGUAAGAGCCCACGAGGUGUCCCAGGGAGUGGAGAAGCCUCCCUGUCUCCUGAAGGAAAUAGUCAGAUGUCACUGCAGAGCACCACCCCUAUCACCAGCUUCAAUCAGGGUUCGGGACCUGUGGAUGGUGCUGUGGUUGCAGCUGGUGGUCCAGGACGAGAUGGGGCUGAUGGGCCACCUCCAUUAUAUAGUACCAAUCAUGACUUCAAAUUCUCCUACUCGGAGAUAAACUUUCAGGAUCUGAGCUGGUCCUUUCGAAACCUUUACAAGUCCAUGCUAGAGAAAUCUUCCUCUUCCUCUUCCCCUCAUGGUUUCUCAUCUCUCCUGGGGGACAUGCAGCCUUCCAAUCACAACUACUACAUGUACCAGCAAGCGCCCCAGCAGCAGCAGCCCCCCCAGCAGUCUCAGCAGCAGCCACCAGCACAAGGCCCUUCCUCCGUAGGGGGGACCCCUUCACUGCAUACUCCCAGCCCCGAGGGCUGCCCCCCCCCAGGAGGGAAGCAGCCCGGGGCGGACAGCUACGGAACACCCUCUGUGAUGGCCAUGCACCCGCCCCCACUGCAGCAUGUAGGCUACCAUCCCCAUCAGCAUCACCCCCACCCGCAUCCCCCCCAGCAGCCGCCACCCCCCCAACAGCAGGCCCAGUCCCAGGCUUCCAUCAACAGUACUGGCUUCGCAUUUCCUUCUGACUGGUGCUCCAACAUUGACUCCCUGAAGGAAAGCUUCAAGAUGGUUAAUCGGCUUAACUGGUCCAGCAUCGAGCAGUCCCAUUUUUCAGAACUAAUGGAGAGCCUCCGGCAGGCAGAAAGAAAGAACUGGAGCUUGGACCAGCACCACAUUGCCAAUCUCUGUGACUCCCUCAACCAAUUCCUUACCCAGACUGGUCAGCUGCCCCACCCGGGGGGUCCCCACCAGCCACCACCCCCCACUAGAAUUGCUGACACCUGUGCCCUGACCAGCGGCAAGCAGGAGUCUGCAAUAAACCAAGUGAACUCUUAUGGGCACCCGCAAGCACCCCACAUCUACUCUGGCCCUUCUCCGAUGUACCCCAUCCCUACCCAGGACUCUCCAGGAUAUAAUCGUCCAGCGCACCAUCUGGUCCCCCGGCCAUCCGUCCCACCUCCUGGUUCCAAUGAGGAGAUCCCGGAUGACUUCGACUGGGACUUGAUCACUUAGUGCAUCACAGACUGAAGACCCCAGGGCUAGUGGUGGUGAACCCCUGGGAAAGGAUCUAGAAAUAACCCCAGCCCAGCUCCCCUUCCCCCUGUCUGUACAUAGAUAUAUAGAUAUAUAGAUAUAUAUCUAUUUCCUCUUUUUCUUUUUUUUUUUCUCUUUGCCAGAGAAGCCACUGCAAGAUGCUGCCGAAGAUAAACCCUGCCUUCCCUGUC